CCAAAGAGGGCGCUUUGAAUUAACAUUCAGAUCCGGCAAAAAUUCAAUGAAUGUGAAUCUGGCUUUUCAAGAUAAUAUUUUGGGGAUAAUUUUCUCAUGAAGCUCCACCAACAAAUGAGCUCAAAUUGAGAGAAUUAUUGAAUCUUAAAAAAAAAAUGUUCUCGCGCAUAUCUAACAAAACUCUCGCCAAGGUAGCCGUCUAUGGGGCUUUUGGGUCAAUCAGUGCGGUAUUCUACAUGCGAUGGAGUAUAGAACGUAAAAUCAGAGGCCAGGAAUUCUACAAGGAAGCCCUCAAUUUGCUCAAACAGCACAAAGGAGCUGAAACCGUUCUGGGUAAUCCAAUUUCGGAGAGUGGCUUCGACUUGAGCGACAAGACGAAUAAAUGCAAUUCCAAUGAAGCUCACUUUGAGGUAUCAGUCCGGGGACCUAAAGACAGAGGCACGUACUUCUUCUGGGCACGACGUGAAGAACCAAAACCAUGGGAAGUCUACAGAGCAGAGUUAGAAUUGAAAUCAAAACCUGAUCAGAGAUUAAUUCUUGUUCAGAGCUCAGAAAGUUGAGAUUUUUGUGAUCUUUUUGCACCGUUUUACUUCUAGAAUUAAUUUAGAAAUUAAUUAAAAUGUAAAUAUGAGUUGAUUAAUAAAUUUUUAUAAUCAAAAAUUAAAUAA